AUGAAAUUACCAGAGCCAUUGAAAGAGGUAAAAGAGGUGUCUAUAUCCUAUAUGGAUAGGGUGGCACUGGAAAAGAUAUUUAUAUGGAGAGUCUUAUGUGCAUGUCUACGAUCAAAGGGAGAAAUUGUGCUUCCUCUUGCCUCAAGUGAUAUAGCAACUUUAAUACUUCCUAAGGCCCUAGAUAGGAGCUUACGCAAUGCCAUUCGUUGCCCUAACGGUAAACCAUCUCAACUAUGCUUUAGCGGCAAAGUUUUUGUUUUUUGUGGUGAUUUUAAACACGUUUUACCAGGAAUCCCAAAGGAACUGCGAGAAUUUCCAGAUCGAAUUCUAAAAGUUGGAGAUGAAAAGCUUGGAGGACCUAACAAUGGGAAGGUUACUAUAGAUAUACAUGAAGAUCUAUUAAUAAAGGAUGUAUCUGAUCUAAUGGCUACAUUGGUUGAUUGCACUUAUAUUGGAAUUCGUGAAGGCUUAAUUGAUAAUUCUUACUUUCACGAUAGGGCAAUACUAGCACCAAUAAACAAAAUUGUCGAUAAGGUUAACGAACAUGCAAUGUGUUAUCACGUUUUCCAGGAGAAGAGAGGUUAUACUUGA